GAAAAACGAGGGUGGUUUAGGGCGGAAGGAAAGAAAACAAAAACGUCCUUCCCGGGCUAUGGGGUACCCCGGGAGUGCUGCGGUGGCAGCUGAUGGAGCAGGAGCUUUCAAACAGCUGACAUCCCCAAAAGGAUGCAUGAAAGAAACACCACUCGCUAAUGCUGCAUUUUGGGCUGCAAGAAAAGGAAACCUGGCUCUUCUCCAGCUGCUGCUGAACAGUGGGCGAGUAGAUGUGGACUGCAAAGACAGUCUUGGCACAACAGCUCUGAUGGUAGCAUCUUACUAUGGCCACAUAGAUUGUGUGCGGGAAUUGGUGUUGCAAGGAGCAGAUAUCAAUCUGCAGAGAGAGUCAGGUGCAACUUCUCUGUUCUUUGCUGCACAGCAAGGCCACAACGAUGUAGUGAAGUUUCUCUUUGAAUUUGGAGCCUCCACUGAAUUUAAGAAUAAAGAUGGAGGUACUGCUCUUCUAGCUGCUUGUCAGUAUGGGCAUGCAAAAGUAGUGGAAACUCUGUUGAAGCACGGUGCCAACAUUCACGAUCAACUUUAUGAUGGAGCUUCUGCAAUUUUCCUGGCAGCACAAGGAGGCUAUCUGGAUGUCAUCCGAUUGCUGCUUUCUUCAGGAGCAAAGGUUAACCAGCCACGGCAGGAUGGGACGGCACCCUUGUGGAUUGCAUCGCAGAUGGGUCACAGCGAAGUGGUGCGAGUGAUGCUGCUCCGGGGAGCCGAGCGAGAUGCCGCACGGGAUGACGGCACGACUGCUUUACUGAAGGCUGCCAUUAAAGGGUACAACAAUGUGAUAGAAGAGUUGCUGAAAUUCUCUCCCACACUUGGCCUGCUGAAGAACGGGACCUCUGCUCUCCACGCGGCCGUCCUGAGCGGCAACGCGAGGACAGUGGCACUGCUUCUCGAAGCUGGAGCGGACCCUUGCCUGAGGAACAAGGCAAAUGAACUGCCAGCUGAACUUACAAAAAAUGAACGCAUCCUCCGACUCCUCCGCACGAAGGAAAAGCAAAGGAAAAGCUAA